CUUUGCUCUCCCUCUUCUCCUCUCCUCUCUCCUCCUCCUCCAUCACUCCCUCCCCACUACACUACUACUUUCUUUAAUUCUCCCCCCUAUACAUUCUUUCUUAUUUCCUUUUUCUGAUUUACUAUUCUCGGCCUCGCUCCUUCUAGGCCUGCGUCUCUCCUUAAACAACCGUGUAUGCCUUCACUUGGCUCUUUUCUUUUUCUAUCUACUUCAACCCACACUCCUUCCAAGCUUGCCACUCAUCACACUUGGUGCUGUACCUGAUAUAGCCUUCCUCAAUUGUACCUGCACUCCCCCUCCUCGUGCAGCGACCUUCAUUCCUUUAGAACUCCCCGUUCGCCCUCUUCAUUCAUCUCCCUCCACCUCCACCUCCUACAACAACACCUCCCUCCUCUUCUCUCUACCUGUCUCUCAUUCACAGCCAUGAGCUACAUCCACCACCCCUCAUGGAACUACCAAGCCCACCCGGGUCUCCCAAUGGACCACGCCAUGGCCUAUGACCCGACCAUGGUGCCGCCGCCCAUGAUGCACCACCACCCCAUUGACGGCUAUCUUUACCCCCAUCCGCCCAUGGAGAUGCUCGACUACUACCACCAACCCAUCAUGGACUACGACGAAUACACAGAGAACCUCUCACGUCCUCGCUUGACCAAGGAGCAGGUCGAGACCUUGGAAACUCAGUUCCAGGCUCACCCCAAGCCCAGCAGCAACGUCAAGCGGCAAUUGGCGGCUCAAACCAACCUGAGCCUUCCCCGAGUUGCGAACUGGUUCCAAAAUCGACGCGCCAAGGCCAAGCAACAAAAACGCCAGGAGGAGUUUGAGAAGAUGCAGAAAGCCAAGGCUGAGGCCGAGGAAGCUGCACGACAAAAGUCAGAGACUAUCGAUCAACUGUCCGAGUCUCGCCAGGCGUCAGCCGUCAAGGAGGAGCCGGAGGAGUCGGAGGAGUCCACAACCCCCAAGCCAGAGACUACCACCACCGAGUCCGCAGCCACCCCUUCCACAUCGGAGAACAGCAAGAAGGAUACCAAGACAAAGAAGCACCAGAAGACAAAUAGUGAAACAGCCCGGGAAGCAACUUUCGCAUCCCUGCAACGGGCUUUGAAUGCUGCAUGCGCUGCCCGAGACCGCUUCACAGGCCGACGAGGCAGCAAGCAGGAGUCGACGCACGAGGACGAGGCCAUUUCUCCCACCUCCAUGGCCCCUCCUAGCACUACUUUCAAGUCAGAGGGCAAGGCUCAAACCGCCUACGGUACUGGCUCCUCAGAGUGGCAGAACAACGAAGUGUCGUCGUCAUGCCAAACGAUUUCCGAGGUGCCUAGCUCCUCGCACUCCAUAUCGCAGAAUAUGGACGCCUUUGCUGGUGCUCAGUACCCUGGUCAGCACGAGGAAUGGGCGGAACAUUCAAAGAAUCAGCAUAGACAUGGCAGCCUUGACUAUGGUAACAUGCAGUACCCAAUGGCCCUGCAGACCCCAGAUAUCUCCGUCACUCGACGCGAGUCAUGUGGUGCUCUCACUGCCCUGGACGGCAUCGGGAUUCACACUGGUGAGUCUGGGAUGCCGCAAUCCCUGGGCCGUGUCGGAGGAGCUUCGUGGAAGGAGGCUGGAAAGGAGCUUGAUCUUGCCGCACGUCGCAAGCGCCCCCGUCCUGCCGCCAUUGGCACCUCCAACACUCGCUCUCUGGCUGCUUCCACUUCCAUGUCUUCCCUUUCCCCCACGAGUCGCGUCCCAAGCUCUGCCGGUCCCGGUAACUCGAUGAGGCACUCCAAGUCCGCCCAAUGUCUGAACACCCGGUAUGCCGGUGUCCGCAAGGCAUCCGCUGCCCAGCGCUCUCCUCUGAACUUCACAUUCGCCGAAUCCGGGUCCAUGAAGGCCAGCAAGGCCGAGAUGCUGCGUCCGUCCGUGUCUUCGUCGACCCUGGCUCCGCCAACUCCGUUGACUCCCCAGGACUUCCAGCACUUCUUGCCCGCCUCGCCGACGGAGAGCAACUACUGCUUGUCUGCGCACUCCACUACUCAGUUCUUCCCUUCCUCUCAGCCGAUGCAAGUGAACAUCGCGUCGCCUCCAACCACGCCAUUGGAUAUCUAUUCUCCCUUCCCGUACCAGCAAGUCGCCCCUCCCAUGUCAGCUCCGGCACAGGUUUCUACAUUCCCUGAGUAUGUGACCUGUGACCCGGUGCCCAUGACCGCUCGGAGCUGGGCAGACACUGCUCCAAUUUCCUCCCCCGAUUUCCAGAGUGGUCUCCAGGUGUCUCAUUCGAGUACAGUCUCGCCCAUUGGCUUUGAGUCAGCGGUUGACCACUCUGGACACCCGUACAGGAUGGUGACGGAGUCCGUGUCUGGCUCCCCAUCCUUGAUCUACUCGGUUGAAGAUGCGGAUCUGACGGGCUCGGCAGACACCAUUGAGCGGAAGCAGCCUGAGUUUAUGAUGCACGACUACGAGCAGCACGACCCUCGCUUUGCCGCCCACCACAUGGGGCACAAGGCGAAGGCCUACACGUUUGCAAACAAUACGACCCAGGGUCAAUACCCUCAAUGAUGGGGUUGACUCCCUUCACCGCCUUCCUUCCCUUACACCAGGGGCGGUUGACUACGAAUGAGAAAUGUGCUGCUAUAAAUAUGCUUUUGUUGGUCUGGGACGAUCCGCUACGCACCUUUUCGUCUCACGCGCGACUUGUUUUCCACCUUGAUUUUUUCCGCUUUGAUCAUCACCUUUUCCCACCUACGGGCGGUCCCUGUUUAUCUUCAAAUCCCGCCUCCACGCGUGGAAAACCAGGCACUGUUGAAAGCUGUCUCUUACAUAUCUUCUUUUUCUUCUUCUGUCUCUCUAUUAUUCGGUGUUGCCCCACCGGGGGGUUUUACAUACUUGGAGCAUCUUGUGCAUUUGUGUUAUUGGCUUGGAAUAUUCUAUUUGGGUGUCUGAUAUGACUUUUUUAAUUCUUCCGAGCCGUCGAUGCUCGAGACCUUUCUACCUUCUCUGUGGCCUAUUGGAUCACCUGUUACCUUUUUAUCUCCGUUUAUUCUUACACCACCUAUUGUUCUUUUGCGGAUGGGUUGGGAUCUUUUUUUUUUUUUUUUGGACAUGGGUUUUGGACUUGCAUAUUUGGCAGCAACUGGCUAUCUGAUACAUACUGAAAUGUACCUAUCUUUCUAUACCUACUCUUUCUCUCUAGCUCCAGGGCUGUCACAUAAUCAAAAGGGGGGCUUAGUGUCUGCCAUGGUUCAACUUGC